AGUAUUACAUACACCCUUGGAGGUCGACGGGGGGCAGGGGUGCUACCUCCUUGAAAUGAGUUUUUGCAGGGUGGGAUGUCUGCAAGAGUCUACUGUAAAAGUUGGGGACACUGUUCUUAUGCAGCAAGUAAAUGUGGACAAAUUCACCACACCUUUCAACACCCUACAGGGUGGUGAGGCAAACAGGAAAUCAAGUGGUAAUUGAAUCUCCAAUUGGAGUGCAGUAUGCAAGCAAAACCACAUAUGUAAAAAAGUUCAACUCGGGAGACUUCUGACAAACAGGAGGAAAUUCAAGGAUUUGACAAUGAGGUACCGGGACAAGAGGACAGAUAAAGACAAGCUCAGGUUCACAGUAAGCAAAAGUCAUUACCAGAUAUUGAAAGCAAAGAUAGAGAGACUUCAAAAACACCCUCUGAAGUUUAACAAUUUUGUAUCGAAGUAGAGCUUUCAGUUGUGGGUUUUGAAACGAGAACUGUUAACAUGAAGUUUUCAGUUCUAGAGUUAUCAUUAAGUUAAAAUAGAAAAUGUGUUGGUUAUAGUCAUGAAUUGAGAGAAUAUGUGUGUUGAAAUGGUUAAAUCAGUGAGUUGAAUGUGGUCUAAAACAUUUCUCAGGAAAGGAGCGAUGUCAUGUAUUGAAAUGGUAAGAUCAGAUAAUGUAGUUUGACACUUGUCAAGUACAGUGAUGAUCUUCUCCACGGAUUGUCACCUUGUCGUAGUGGAGAAGCUUGUGUGGUCCUGUGAUCCUGAGAGCGAUGCCGUCUGGAGCUAUGCUCCUGGUAGGGUCACCCACGGCGGUAAGGUCGGGGGUGAGGUCCCUGACAAAGAACAAUCCGACCAAGACCUCAAUGGUGGAACAGGCAGACGAAGUUACUUCGAACUCAAUGACUGUGAAGGCAGAUGAAAGCUGCAACAAAUCCAUCAGCUCCAAUCGUCGUGGUUUCCAUGCUAUUGGAAUCAGUUGGUUGAUUUGUGAAGUAUCGUGUGCUUCUUGGAGUGCAACAUCUAGUACACAUUAAACAAAUAUAUGCACAGGAAUCUUCGCUCUGCGGACUACUUCUUCAGAAUGAAGACCAUCAUCCAAGGGAUAGCCACGACGACGACGGUGAUGAUGUCAUCAGUCUGAGACAGACAACCGUAAUGUGUGGGAGCGUGAGAGCGAGAAUGAGAAAUAGACACCAGUGCAUGAAGCGUUGAGUCAUGAUAGAUGCACUGUCUAAUUCAGUAAUAAGACAGGUUGCAAAUACACAACACCCACCAUCUCUGAUUUCUCAAAAGCCCUGCAGUGCGCGGCCAUUGGCUUUUGCGGAAGCACGCAUGCGCAGCGGCUGACCUGGGGAAGGAGCGAUGGUGCGCUGCGGGGCCGGAGACCGGUACUGACACACGCUUGGGGCGCCUCGCUGAGCCGCUGGCGAUGCUGAGGUGCGCCGGGCCACGCCGGUUGCUGACGGCUGCGAGUCGUGGCCGCUGGCCGGUGGCGGCCGCGUGUGAUCGGCGGGCCCGCGCGCCGCCGGCUUCCCACGUCAGGAGGAGCGGCGGCCUAUCAGCGGCGAGGUUGGUGGGGCUGACGCCGCCGCUCGUGCAGCCUUACCUGAAGCUGAUGCGGGUGGACAAGCCCACCGGGACCUGGUUGUUGUAUUUGCCUUGUACCUGGAGUAUUGGUUUAGCAGCAGAGCCAGGAUGCCUUCCGGAUUUGUCCAUGCUGACCCUUUUUGGAACGGGGGCACUGUUAAUGAGAGGAGCUGGGUGUACAAUCAAUGACAUGUGGGAUAAAGACAUAGAUAGAAAGGUUGUUAGAACUGAAAAUCGGCCCAUAGCUGCUGGAGAAAUCAGUCAGUUUCAGGCCCUUGUGUUUUUAGGUGGUCAGCUGAGCCUAGCACUUGCUGUUCUUUUAUGUUUAAAUUAUUACAGUAUUGCACUUGGAGCUGCAUCACUGGGUCUCGUGGUCACCUACCCUCUGAUGAAGAGGCUAACUUACUGGCCACAGUUAAUUCUGGGACUUGCAAUAAACUGGGGAGCACUUUUAGGUUGGUCUGCUGUGAAGGGUUCCUGUGAUUGGUCAGUCUGUCUACCGCUUUAUAUUUCUGGUGUAAUGUGGACAUUGAUAUAUGACACAAUUUACGCACAUCAGGAUAAAGCAGAUGAUAUUCUGAUAGGAGUGAAAUCAACCGCACUGAGGUUUCAAGAACAGACCAAGCAGUGGCUAAUGGGAUUUAGUGCUGUCAUGCUGACAGGAUUGACGGUGGUGGGAGUGAACAGUGAACAAACAUUGCCCUACUAUGCGGCUGUGGUAGCUGUUGGAACUCAUCUAGCCUAUCAGAUGUACUCAUUGGACAUAAAUAGUCCUCAAGACUGCUGGAAGAAAUUCUGUUUGAAUCGCACAUUGGGACUAAUACUGUUUUCUGGAAUUGUGUUUGGAAAUAUGUGGAAAGGAAAGACACAGACUGACGAAGUAGAAAAGGUGCAGAGCUGAUGUGACUUAUCAGAAUCUAUGUGCCAGAAAUUAAAUAUUAUAGUAAAACAGAUAAACUUUAAUAUCAUACCUUCACUACCUUCAUAUAGUUUGGAUAUGAAUGAGUACAGAUACUUGUAAUAAAUACAAGUUCUCUGUUAUUUCAGAGAAAUAAUAAAAUUAUUCCACAUUCAUUCCAGAUUUUAAAAUAGUUUUGACUAAUUCAGGUAUUUAAUUAAAUAUGCUGUAUAAAAAUCUACUGUUAAAUCAUUGGACUUUACUCAAAUAUUUCAAUCUCAAUCUGCACAACACAUCAGAAACCUUAUAAUUGGUUGUCAUCUAAACUUAUGGUUUAGUAAGAAUAAGAGCUUUUAACCGUCUGUUUAAAAUGAACAACAAUGAAGUUGAGUAAUGCGUUUAGAACAUGGAACAUAGAACAGUACAGCACAGGAACAGGCCCUUCAGCCCUCAGAGUUGUGACCGAGUAAUUUAAUCAGUAAUCAAGUAACCAGCUAAACUAAUCUCUUCUGCCUACACAAUGUCCAUAUCCUUCCAUUUCCCCUCACACUCAUGUGACCAUCUAAAUGUCUCUUAAAAAUUCCUAAUGUGUCUGCCUCUACCACCAGGCCAGACAGUACAUUUUAGGCACCCAAUACUCUCUUAAAAACUUGCCCUUCACAUCUCCUUUGAAAUUACCCCUAUUUUUCUUUGGUAACCUUUUUACUUUAUAGUUUUUAUUUGUUGUUAUUACUGUUGCAGCUUUUCUUUAUUUUCUAAGCAAAAAGGAAAGAUAAUCAAAGAGUUGCUGGAAAUCUGAAAUAAAACAGUAAAUGGUGGAAGCCUUCAGCAGGUUACAGAGCAUUGGUGGAAAGAGGAACAAGUAAUGAUUCUGAUUGAAAUCCUUCGCCAGAGCUGGGGAACUCAGCAAGCAAAUUUGUGGCAAAAAGUUAAGAGGGGGAUGAAUACAUUAUAGAGAAUUUCUCAGAUAGGGUGAGAUCAGGCCCACCCAGGUGAUCCCAAAAUUUAGGAAGAGGGUUAGUUGAUAGAUCAGUGAGGGAAGUUAGUGAAAGGAAGAGAAGAAAAGUUGUUGAACCCUGAAUGUGAGUGCUGGAAAUGGCCAGUAAAUCAGGCUAAUAUAACAGGUGGAUAAUCUUGCAGUAGUUCUCAUAUGAUCAGAAAAAGCAAAUUAUCUAAAAUUGUUGAAUUUUAUAUUGUUCUAAAGGCUCAGAUUGAAGAUAUAGUGCUGUUCCUCCAACGUAUUGGAACAUGGCUAGAAACAAAAAUGCAAGCGGAAUGGCCAGUUAAGGUGACAAGCAGCUAGAGUUCAAGGUCAUAUCUGCUGGCUCCAAAUAGCAAUCAUUCUGAGCUUGUUCCUCCAUUGAAGUGGCCAUCAGUCACAGACUCCCAAACUGAAUUUUUAAUCGUACUUUUCUUUUUGUCUGUAACCAGUCCUCAAGCCUUGAUUGGAUAUUACCUUUAAUCACGUGGUCUAAUUUUGUUGAAGGUCAUUGACUGUCCAAAUUCUCUGUAUCCAGUAGUUCACCAUUAUCACUGCAACUUGAUAAACCUUCAAGAAGCUCUAACAAGUUGAUUAAACGUGAAUUCCUUUUAAUAAAACCAUGCCGAC